CAACCUUUCCAAUAAAAGGUACGUGACACUGCACAUCAGAAGCUGGAUUUAUUUUUGUAAAUAGGUACAUUGGGUAGGUCGUGUUAAGUGGGUUUGUCCAAUCUGCCUGGUUUGAUUGGCCGGUGAAGUCGUCCAGUAUGGAACAGAUGGCUGCGUGAUAUACAUCCAUAACUGCGUGUUAAUUAUAGUGUUUAAGGUGAAGUGGUGCAGUUCAUGUUUGUGGUUUAUGCACCUGCGUGUUAAUUAUAGUAGCGAGAUAAUUAUGGGUAAAUUUGCAAUUGCGACUGACCUGGGGAGAGUGGGUGGCCGGAUGGAAAAUGCAGUCCACUAUGGGACCGGUGAAACUGCAAUAAUUUCUGUAUUGUGGAAUAAAGAGUUUUUGCACCGCAUCUUCUCUCAUCUCGAACUCUCCAAAGAUAUCAAAGCGUGCAGUUUGGUUGCCAAAAUGUGGGCAGAAGUUGGAGUUUCCGUCCUCCUAGAAAGAUUUCUCCUCGGACUCUCUACAGAUCUCGAUUCGCCAAAAGUUCUGCACAAAUUCCCGGCGCACGUGGAAAUUCGCUGUGGCUCUCCGAAUUAUGAACAUUUGGACAAACUUUUAGCCCCAAAUGAAGGCACGAUGGACGUCGAAAGUCUCAACAUCAUCAAUGAAGGAAUUGUGGAGAAAACAUUUGCAAAAUUUUUGGCUCGAUGUGCAAAAUACUUUAUGAACUCGUUAACAACGCUUUCUCUGACUUUACCGAGCGGAAAAGUAUUUCUGCCACCAAAUCCACCCGUGUUCCCCACCGUGACAUCUUUGUGCAUCGACCUGGUCCAAAAUCCAUCCUGUGAAAUGGACGAUACCGAAAAUGGCGAAAAUUUUCUCCGCCUUUGUCCCAAUCUUACCAACCUCACUAUUCACUCGGCUCUACUCCCCGUCGUUUAUGGGGAAUUACUCCAGUUCCCAGAAAUUUACCAGAGACUGGAAAGUUUCCGAAUAAAGUGCAACUCUGAGCCGGGUACGAGAUGUAAUCGACUCUCGUACUCUCUCCUCCCCGAGGUGGACGUUCCUCUCAAGAAGUUGGAAAUUACGAAUUUCUUCUUAGCAGAUGCGGCAGGACCGGGUUUACUUUCCAAAAUUUUCCACAGAUUUUCAACCACCUUGGAAGAUUUGGAAUUUGGCUGGAUUCAGUUUGCAGAUUCGUCCACAGGCACCCUGGUUUGGCCGAGGAUGCCAAAAUUGGGAAACCUAACCAUGCACAUUGGGAACAAGUCCGACCCGAAAUUUAAUCCUGAGUUGGCUCUCGCAUGUGUCGAAUUUGUGUACGAGACUGGCGACCUGGAGAGAGGCCUUGAUCUCAACUACUCCACCCAAUUUCCUGCCUUAUCCCAACUCUCAAUUAUUUCCUGUAAUGAGACUCAAGACGACAAAUUUCGUCAUUCUUUCGAAAUUUAUAAAAUGCUCUUUCCCCACGACGCGCAAACUUGGGAUACCUUGACCACGUUGGAUAUAACGUUCCCACCGAUCUGUUCACAAGACGAGGAUCCCGACACAAAGAGAUGGGUUAAUUGUUGGGAGGCUGGAAAAUAUUGUGAUUAUGACCGAUUUUGCAGAAAAAUUGCAAAAGUACUCCCAAAUUUGAAGACUCCGAGGUUGUCGGAUAAUUCUUGAAUGAUAUUAAAUAUGUAUAAAUUUACAUAUAUGUACAUACGUACCCAAAUCAUUUACAUAUUUUCAAAGAUGUGAUUCUAGUUAAUUUUCAGUGUUAAAACCAGGGAACACUUUAUAUGCAUUUACAUACAAGAUGAGGAAACUCGUAUUCCUCGCAACCUUAGGGGCUGUACAUACACUCUAAGAAAUUUUACCACCAGCGCGGUGGUCAUAUGUGACUCUACCGGCAGGUGGCAGAAGACCACCGGAUGGUGGAUGCCCAUCACCAGCUCAGUGAUGAUCAAUCACCGUGCGGUGGUGCAGUUGUCACCUUGCGGUGGUUGCAGCUGUCACCAUUCCGGAAGAGUCACAUAUGACCACCGCGUGGUGGUAGUUAUCACCAGGUUUCUUAGAGUGUAAGGCUGAAUAUUGUAACAAAAUAAUUUUCCGUAAAUUUUUUUUUAAUUUUUCCGUACAUAUUUCUUACGAUUGACAACUAUGCAAUCUUAUAAACUUUCGUACUUUCUUGAAAAUAAAGUUACAAAACAUUUUUUUGAUGC